AUGGGACAUUGGCAUAACACCAUGCUUCUCCUUGUGAUAUCAUUGGCAAUACUACAUGUAUCUCAUGCACACAGUGAACCAAGCGAUUACCUUCAUAUGCAUAGUUGUAUUAGAAAAGCUUUGGGUUUGCCUCCUCUAACUUGGGACCCUGCACUGGUUCAACGAGCGGAGAAGUGGGCCGCCCAAAGGACAGAUUGUAAAUUGAUACACUCUCCAGGGGGUGGUGAGAACAUGGGUAAAGGACCUGACCUCAGCGGUAGGUGGGCAGUGCAAAUGUGGGUUGAUGAGAGAAGAAACUAUGACUACAACAAAAACGAGUGCAUACAUAUGUGUGGCCAUUAUACUCAAGUAGUUUGGAAAGAUACGCAACGUCUUGGAUGUGCUAGGGUAAAAUGCGACCCUCCUGAAGAAGAUUAUUACGUAGUCGUUUGCAAUUAUGACCCUCCAGGGAACUAUCCUGGCGUUUGGCCUUAUUAA